AUGGUCGUCGUCUCCUCCGAAUUCCCCGAUUAUGAUCGAGGACCAGCGCUGGCAGCUGUGUACAUUGCAGGAUGUGCGAUCUCAUUCAUCUUCGUAGCGACGAGGUUGACCGCGCGAUUCAGUAUUGCAGGUGUGGGGAUUGAUGAUUGGUGUAUGCUUUUGACUUGGGUUGCUUUCAUACCACUCACCGUACUCCUUUCUUUGAUGUGCCUCCAAGGCGGCACGCGACAUCUGAUAUACCUUGCCGAUGACCCUCAACAUCUCAUCUACGUCUCGAAGCUGAACUGGAUUGCUCAGCCAUUUGCCAUCUUCUGCCUUGGUACUGGGAAGAUAGCUGUCGCGUUCCUGAUUCUCCGGUUACUUAACCGCGCCUCAGUAUGGAGACGGUGGUCUCUGUAUGUGGCCAGUGUUUGGACUGCCCUUAACACCAUCGGCAUGAUCGUCCUCACUUUUGCGCAAUGCGAUGAUCCCGCCGCUUUAUGGGACACGUCGCUGAAGGACACGACCAAGUGCUGGGACCCGAAAGUGCAGAGCAGCUUUUCCAUCUAUGGGGCCGCAGUCCAUGUGCUUAUUGAUUUCUACCUGGCGGUCAUCCCUGCGACCCUGGUAUGGGGACUCAAAACCGACUUGAGGAAGAGACUUGGGCUGUGUGCCCUGUUAGGCUGCGGUAGCAUAACCGGCAUCUGUGCAGCCGUCAAAGCCACGAAGCUGACCACUCUCAACGCUCGCUCCGAUAUCACCUGGGAGACUUUCUCCCUCUUCCUCUGGACAGGCAUUGAGAUUAUCCUUCUCAUUGUCUGUGGCAGUAUCCCCGCCCUGAAACCCGUCUACGCAAUCUGCAUGGGACGCCGUCCCGGCACCUACAACCGCACCGCCGGCAGCCGUGGUGUUAGCAUGCACCAGUCCAAGAAAUCCCAGUCACGAGCACGGUUAAGAGAUGACAGUGAGGAACGCGGGAUCGUAAUGGCGGGUAUGGUACCGAAUGGAACGGGCGGGGGCGCCGCGGUGUGUUCACGGAUCAGCGAGGACGAGAUGGAGAUGCACAUGGAGUUUGAGAAGCGGAAAGAGUUGGGACCCCACGGGAUACAAAUCACGAAAACUGUGGCAGUGGAAACUAGCCAGGGCUGA